CUCACACUCUCUCUCUCUCUUCUGUGUUUCCAGUGGCCACCAUCAAAGAAUCCAUAACUAUCACAACGUCUUCUCUUUCAUUGCUACAAAGCUUCGCUCCAUCCUCAAUCCCUUCUCAUCUCCUCCUCCUCUCAUGAUCCCUUGAUCCAUCCUCGGAUCGGAGGGCAGGGAAUGGGAGGCCGGGAUCUUCACCCACUCUGCUGCAUCUCCAUCGACUGCUCCGGGAUCCACGCCGGCGAAUGCUCUCCGCUCCCUCCUCUGCCCCGAUCCCACUCUUGUGCUGCCGCAUCGGAAGUGUCCGUUGCCGGAGUGCUCUACAAAUGGACCAAUUACGGCAAGGGAUGGCGCCCCCGCUUGUUCUCUCUCCGCAAUGGCAUUCUCUCCUACUCUAAGAUCCGACGCCGGGAUGACCUCCUCCUAGGUAGCGCCUCCUCCUCCGACGUUCGUGUCAUCGGCCACUCCUCUGCUCGCCUUCUAGCUGGCGCCGGCGGCGGAGCCAAGCCGAAGAAACCUGCCGGCAUUGUUCAUCUCAAGAUCUCAUCUUUUCGUGAGAGCCAGUCUGAUGAUAGACGUUUUUAUGUAUUUUCUCCUACAAAGACUCUUCACUUAAGAACUGAUUCAAAGGCGGACCGCAAAGCUUGGAUUGAGGCUUUGGUGUUGGCGAGAAGUGUGCAUCCUUUGAGAACACUAAGUGAAAAGGCAUCUUUUCUUCUUGGGGAUGUUUCUUUUUCCACUGAAAAGCUUAGGGAUCGUAUGCAGAUGGAGGGAUUUGACGAGGCAGUCGUCAAUGAUUGCGAGCAAAUCAUGCUGUCAGAAUUUUCAGAGUUUCAGAGACAGUUAAAGCUUCGUUACGAAGAGCAUUUAAAUUUCCUCGGUGCAUUUCAGCAGCAGUUGGAGGAAGUUAAUGCAGUAGACGAAAUGGGAACAGGCCAUGAUAGUCAUCUGCAGUUAUUUAAGCGUGAAUUCUCCAGCUCCAGGAAUGGAAAAUAUAGUGAGUACAGUACAACAGAAUCAUCUGAUGAUAUAGAAAAGCAGGAGCUUUAUGAAUUGUCAGAUGAAGAUGAGCCUAUCUACUUUGACACUGAAGAUUGUUUCAAGGAUUCUUCUAUUCCUUGUAUCUCCAUAGAAAAGGUUUCAGAAGAUGGGAACCAGAGCUCUAGACACAAGAGUUAUUCAAAUGAUGUUAAGACAAUAAAAGUUGAGACACCAGUUGCUGAUUUUCCAUGCAUAGAACGGCGUAGGAAAUUGCCAGAACCUGUUGAGAAGGAAAAAGGUGUUAGCCUUUGGUCAAUGAUCAAGGAUAAUGUUGGGAAGGAUCUCACUCGAGUCUGUCUUCCAGUCUAUUUCAAUGAACCACUAUCAUCCCUUCAAAAGUGCUUUGAGGACUUGGAAUAUUCAUAUCUCUUGGACCAAGCUUAUGAAUAUGGAAAAAUGGGAAACAGUUUAAUGAGAAUUCUCAAAGUAGCUGCUUUUGCAGUCUCCGGAUAUUCCUCAUCUGAUGGGCGACUCUGCAAACCAUUUAAUCCAUUGUUAGGGGAAACUUAUGAAGCUGACUUCCCUGAAAAAGGGAUUCGUUUCUUCUCAGAGAAGGUUAGCCACCACCCCAUGCUCAUUGCCUGCCAUUGUGAAGGCAAACACUGGAAAUUCUGGGGUGACAGCAAUCUCAGAUCAAAGUUUUGGGGGCGAUCUAUCCAGCUAGAUCCUGUGGGUGUUUUGACCUUGGAAUUUGAUGAUGGUGAAAUAUUCCAGUGGAGUAAGGUUACAACAACUAUCUACAACCUCAUUCUGGGUAAAGUUUACUGUGGUCACCAUGGGACAAUGAACAUACAGGGUAACCGACAAUAUUCAUGUAAACUCAAGUUCAAAGAGCAAUCUCUCUUGGAUCGCAACCCUCGUCAAGUGCAAGGCAUCGUUUUGGAUAAAGCACAAAAUAAAGCUGCCACUUUAGUGGGAAAAUGGGACGACAGUAUGUACUACACCCUGGAUGAAAAUUUGCCCAAGAUUACGGGUUCCCAUCCUGUGAAUGAUCCAUUCUUAUUAUGGAAAAGGAAUGAUCCCCCUGCUAAUCCAACUCGUUACAAGCUAUCAUCUUUUGCUAUCACUCUAAAUGAGCUAACAUCAGAUCUGCAGGACAAACUCCCUCCUACUGAUUCAAGGCUUCGUCCAGAUCAACGGCACCUUGAGAAUGGUGAAUAUGAGAAGGCUAACAGUGAAAAAUUGAGACUGGAGACACGGCAGCGAAUGUCAAGGAAGUUGCAAGAAAAUGGCUGGAAACCUAGGUGGUUCCAAAAGGACAAUGAAGAUGGAACGUAUCGUUAUGUAGGUGGAUAUUGGGAAGCAAGAGAGCAGAAAAACUGGGAUGGAUGCCCAAAUAUUUUUGGUGAAUUUUUGGACCAAGUAGAUGAUCAUACUAAAGGCACAAAUAAUAGGUAAUUGCUGCUAUCACAUUGAUUUCUGGUGCCUCUGAUUUACUUGCAGUUACAUUUCUGCAUAAUUGAAUCUUAAUCAAACUGCUCAUAUUAACAUUAUUCUUGCUUUUUUUCCCCUAAGUGGGAGAGCCGGAAUUAUACUUUCGCGUAAUAGAGCAAACUAUCGAAUGCCAUGAUUAUUUGAA